AUGUCCUGCUGCUCCGGUAUGGAUAAGAAGAUCAAAGAAUUGAACACUAAGCUCUAUGAUGUCGGCCCUGUUAAACAAGCUUCUGACCUAUCGGGGUUGGCGCCAGUUGGAGUAUGCUCCCUCCUUACUGGAGCAACCAUUGCUUCCAUAUGCUUACUGACUGGAUUUGCAGUGAAUACCGUUUGCAAUCUAGUUGGAUUCUGUUAUCCUGUGUACAAGAGCUAUCAGAUCGUCGAGGCGGCCAACCCCACUAAUGACCAAACUAAGGCUAUAUUGACCUAUUGGACCGUCUUUGGCGGCUUCAUGUUGGUGGAGGCCAUUAUCGAUAAUAUAUUCUUUUGGGUCCCCUUGUACUAUUUCAUCAGAGUUGCAUUCCAGGUAUAUCUCUUCUACCCCGAUCUCCGUGGUUCUGCUAAGCUUUACUCCCUCAUUGUCAAGCCCAUCCUAAAUCAGGUUGCCAAGCUUGCCCCUCUGAUCACUGCAACUCCUAGAGCUCAGCCCGCUGGUACCGCGGCUGCUACUGGGAAGCGGUCUGAAUAA